AUGAAGUGCCUCGUCCUGCUGCUUUGCCUUGCUCAGCUCUGUGGCUGCCGCUCUGUCCCGCAUGGCCCGAUUCUGGGUUAUAGGGAACCAGCCUGUGAUGACCCAGAAACAGAGCAAGCAGCCCUGGCAGCCGUGGACUACAUCAAUAAGCACCUUCCUCAUGGCUACAAGCACAUCUUAAACCAGAUUGACAGUGUGAAGGUGUGGCCACGGCGGCCCAUGGGAGAGGUGUUUGACCUUGAAAUAGACACACUGGAAACCACCUGCCAUGUACUGGACCCCACCCCCCUGGCAAACUGCAGCGUGAGGCAGCUGCAAGAGCACGCGGUGGAAGGAGACUGCGAUUUCAAUGUGCUAAAACAGGACGGACAGUUUACCGUGUUGUCUGCAAAAUGUGAUUCCAGUCCAGACUCGGCUGAGGACUUGCGCAAGGUGUGUCCAGACUGCCCCCUGCUGGCCCCGCUCAACGACAGCCGGGUGGUGCACGCAGUAGAGGCCGCGUUGGCUGCCUUCAACGCCCAGAAAAACAGCUCCUACUUUCAGCUUGUGGAAAUUUCUCGGGCUCAAUUUGUGCCUCUUCCAGCUUCUGUCUCUGUGGAGUUUGCAGUGGCUGCCACUGACUGUGUUGCUAAAGAGGUCGUAGACCCAGCCAAGUGCAACCUGCUGGCAGAAAAGCAAUAUGGCUUCUGUAAGGGGAGAGUCACUGAGAAGGUUGCUGGUGGGGAAGAUGUUGCAGUGACCUGCACGGUGUUCCAAACACAGCCUGUGCUCCCACAGCCCCAACCAGACGGCGCCGAAGCAGGGUCCCUCACCCCUGCACUGGGCUCGGCUGGGCCAGCGCUUUCUCCAGCUGGCCUGCCCGCAGCCUCCCUGGUGGUGGGACCCAGGGAUGUGGCAGCUCCCCCCAUGCCCCCACCGGUGCACCCGGCGCACUACGACCUACGCCACGCCUUCUCGGGUGUGGCCUCAGUGGAGUCAGCUUCAGGAGAAGCGUUACACGUGGGGAAGACACCCAAGGUGGCGCAGCCUCCUGCUCCUGAAGGUCCAGUUCCAGUGGUCCGCCCUUGCCCGGGGAGAAUCAGAUACUUCAAGAUCUAG